AUGGAUCCCUUUUCUGCAGAGGGCGAGCUCCUCAACAUCCACAGCGCCUUCCACUCGGGCCAAUACCAGAGUGUGAUCGACUUCGAGACCUCCGCGCUCUCCCCAGAGAACAAACUCCCUGCCCAAGUCCUCAGACUCCGCGCCCAGAUUGCGCUUGGUCAAUUCGACGAAAGCCUCGCCGAGCCCUCCAUCGAGGAGGACAGCCCCGACCUCUCGCACAAGAACUCGCAGAGAACUACCCCCGAAAACAACACCGUGCAGAUCCUUGCUGCUACCGUGCUGCAGGCCCAGGACCACAGCGAGGAGGCGCUGGCGCUGCUGUCCAAGCACCAGGGUAACCUUGAGGCUGUCUCCCUCAUCGUCCAGAUUCACCUCCAACAAAACCGGACCGAUCUCGCCCUUAAGGAGGUUCAGGCUGCCAAGCGCUGGGGUCAGGAUUCGCUACUCGUCAACGUUGCCGAGUCGUGGGUUGGCUUGAGAGUCGGCGGAGAGAAGUACCAAUCUGCGUUCUACGUCUACGAGGAGCUCGCCUCCGCACCCAGUACCUCCGCACCGCUAGCUAUAGUCGGCCAGGCUAUCGCUGAGAUCCACCUCGGUCGUCUGCCCGAGGCUGAGGCCGCCCUCACCGCCGCUCUAGAGAAAUACCCUACCGACGUGGAAUUGAUUGCCAAUAGCAUUGUUUUGAAUGUGUUGGCUGGGAAGCAGACCGAGGAACUGGAGUCCCGGUUACAGCAAGUCCAGCCCUCGCACUCCCUUCUCACUGACAUCCAGGAGAAGAGCGAGUUCUUCGAUACUGCGGCGGCCAAGUUCUCCGCCAAGGUCUCCACGUAG